AUGUCUCAUCACCAUCAAAAGGGUCCACAUAAGAAAGCUCUACCCCAUAAACCGCAAGCUUACCCUGGUUCAACGGAUAUAAUGGUUUGUAAUGGUUGUCAGCGACCUCAUAUUGACUCAUAUUAUUAUCUAUGCGAGGAAUGUCAAGACUUUGAAUUAUGCUACACUUGUGCUAAUGAACAAGUUACAACACAAUUUCAUACAAACGAGCAUCGAAUGAUAGUUUUAUCAGAUAAACUUAUGCCUAUAAUUAAUCCUAAUGAGUUACAAUUACAACGACAAAUAGGUCAAGGCAGUUUUGGUAUUGUUUAUAAAGCCUAUUGGCCAUUAAAAAACGAAUAG